ACGUCGCAAGGAUCACAGACACGGUCGUCACAGCAACACCAUACGGCAGAAGGAAAGAUGGCGGAAGGCGAGGGGUUUGCUGUUGCUCAGGAGCUUAGUACGAGGUGGCAGGAGAGUGAGGAUGUUGCUGUUGAUCUUUACCGGUACCUGGCAACCCAUGUGCCCCGAAUUUACUGCACAGACUUGGAACCACAGGCCACAGAGGAGGAAGAGCAAGCAUCUUCUUGCCUUCUGCAGCCCCUUGAGUGGUACCUUUUUGGGGAAGACCCUCAAAUUGGCCUUGAGAAGCUUCAACAAAGCGGUGGAAAUCCUCAACUCUGUGGAAGAGUCUUCAAGGAGGGAGAGACCACUUACUCAUGCAGGGACUGUGCUAUAGAUCCCACAUGUGUGCUUUGCAUGGAUUGCUUCCAAAACAGUGUUCACAAGAACCAUCGCUACAAAAUGCACUCCUCUUCAGGCGGUGGUUUCUGUGACUGUGGUGACAGGGAGGCCUGGAAAACUGGCCCAUCAUGCAAGAAACAUGAACCAGGUGCUGAGGACAAUAUGGAGACAUGUACAGAGGACCAGCUUGAUGCUGACAUGCUGGAGAGAGUGCAGAUGAUUUUCCAUCUCUUGUUGAAGUAUACUGUUGACAUGCUAGUUUGGGAAGAAGGAAAGAAGCUGCCUGUGGAACUGCAGCCAAGUACUGUAGAAGACACUUACUAUUGUGUACUAUAUAAUGAUGAACACCAUUCCUUUGACCAUGUAAUCUACUCCCUACAAAAAGCAGUCAGCUGUAACCAGAGGGAAGCACAUAAUCAUACUAGUCUUAUUGACAAGGAGGGACGAAGAGCUGUUAAAAGAGGACCAUUUCUAGCCUGUGAGGAAGCAAAACAAGCUAUAAGAGUUCACUCUGAAAACAUAUCCUUGCAGCCCUUGCGAGUGGAGAUUCUUCACUCUGCUGCAAUGGCACAUCAGACCUUUGCUCUUCGACUUGGUACCUGGUUUCAGCAAAUUGUUGGCUACUCUGCUGCUUUCCGCCAGUUAUUCUGCCAGGUGGCUUUACAAAAUGAGCUAAAUCCUGAGAACCACUGCUUAAUCAGCCGACUCAUGCUUUUUGACUCCAAACUUUAUAAAGGUGCACGAAAGAUUGUUCAUGAACUGAUUGUUUGUAGUUUGCUUAUGGAAAUCGAAUACAAAAGACUGUUUGCAAUUGAAUUUGCCAAGCAUUACAAGCAGCUUCAAGAAGACUUCAUAGCUGAUGAUCAUGAAAGAAGCAUAUCUGUAACAGCUUUGUCAGUUCAGAUUUUUACAGUUCCUACCCUGGCAAGACAGCUGAUUGAGGAAGUUAAUGUCAUAAAAGUGAUCAUUGACACGCUGAUGUAUAUGCUUCAUGAGCAUCUAGAUGACAGUGACCGGUUUCAUUUUCAGGGCUACAACUCUGAGAAGUUUUUUAGGAUACAAGUGGUCUUCCAUGACCUCAAAUAUAUUUUAAUAAGCAAGCCAAAUGUCUGGACGGAAAAACUUCGACAACAGUUCAUUGUGGGCUUUCAAGCUUUCUUAGGAAUGCUAACCUGCAUGCAGGGAAUGGAAGAAGUAAAGAGGCAGUUUGGGCAGCACAUAGAAGUUGAACCUGAAUGGGAAGCUGGAUUUUCUAUCCAAAUCCAACUGCGACACAUCCUGUCUAUGUUUCAGGAGUGGUGCUGUUCAGAUGAGGAAGUCUUAUUACAAUCCUUCAAAAACUGUUACAACACUUUAAUGAUGUGCACUAACCAGCCAUUCAAGAGUGAAGCAGCAGACUCUUAUAUGUGUUACCAUGUCCUGAACUGCAAACCGUAUAGAGUGUCACAAGACCCUGUUAGCAUCCACCUUCCAAUUUCCAGGCUUUUGGCUGGUUUGUAUAUCCACCUUUGCAGAACUGAAGCCUUCAACAGAUUGCAUGAAUACAUGUAUGCAGAGUUAGACAUUCUCACUAUGGUGGAGUUCCCACUGAGAUGCCUUGUUUUGUCAGCUCAAGUUUCAGCUGAAAUGUGGAAGCGGAAUGGGCUUUCCCUUGUAAGUCAGGUUUACUACUAUCAAGAUGUAAAGUGUCGAGAUGAAAUGUAUGAUAAAGACAUAAUUAUGUUACAGAUAGCAGCAGCCAAAAUGGAACCAAAUAGCUUUGUGAUGUUGGUGUUGCAGAGGUUUGAGCUGUUUGAUUAUUUUAGUGGAAUUAGCAUGAGUAGAGAUAAGGAUCUCGUCAAACAGUUGAACCGUUUAACAGAGGAAAUGCUGAAUCUCCUGAUAAUUUUAAUAGGUGAAAGAUUUGUACCUGGUAUCAGCAAUGUAACCAAAGAAGAUGUGAUUACAAGAGAAGUAUUGCAUCUUCUCUGCAUAGAGCCCAUGGCACACAGCAGUCUGGUCAAAGCUUUACCAGAGAAUGAAAACAAUGAAACUGGAUUAGAAAAUGUCAUCCAUCGAGUUGCCACAUUCAAGAAACCUGGGGUCUCUGGUCAUGGUGUAUAUGAGCUGAAAAAUGAAUGUUUAAAGGAUUUUAAUCCUUACUUCUACCACUACUCCAAAUCUCAGCAUAGUAAGGCUGAAGAUGCACAGAAGAGGAGAUGGAAAAUGGAGAACAGUGAUAAAGCUCUUCCACCCCCAGUUCCACCUAGGUUCUGUCCUGCUUUUGUUAAUAUUGUCAAUGUUUUGAGCUGUGAUGUUUUACUGCAUUUGCUAAAAUUCGUGCUGCAGAAACCAGGAGAAAGCACAGGGAAGAUGUGGACAGAAGCCAUGAUUCAGAUGGCUCUUCACUUAAUUGCACUAGGAUUGUUAGAGGAAAAGCAGCAGCUAGAAACAAGUCCUGAACAGGAAGUGGCCUUUAACUUCAGCCUUAAAGCAAGGAGAGAAAGUGAUCAUUGCAAAUCCCUUCUGUGUCUUGUGGAGAACCUAAAAGCUGUCCCUGCCUUAGAGGCACAGAAGGACAUGAUUACGUGGACUUUACAGAUGUUUGAAACUGUGAAAUGUCUCCAUGAGAAAUCUUGCUUUCCUGUUACAGUUAGAUGUGAUGUAUCUAAAUCGGAUGACAACUCUCAGGAGAAGGAGAAAUCUGAAAGGAAGAGAAAGGCAGAAGCAGCCAAGCUUCAUCGUCAGAAAAUUAUGGCCCAAAUGUCUGCUAUGCAGAAAAACUUUAUUGAAACACAUAAAAUGCUUUAUGAUAGGACCCCUGAAUCACAGGGUUUAGAAGAAUCUCUGGACCCUGAUGACAACUCUCCAACUGUCCUGGGUGAUUCUCGAGUAGCCUUAGGUCCUAAACGGGGUACUGGGAUAGUAGAAAGGGAAGUCCUCACAUGCAUCUUGUGUCAGGAAGAGCAGGAGGUCCGAGCAGAAGGAUCAGCUAUGGUUUUGACUGCAUGUGUUCAGAGAUCUGCAGUGCUGACACAGUGCAGGGGCAGAAUCCCUUUAAACACAGACUCCUAUGAUCCUUUGUUUAUGCACCCUGAUCUAUCCUGUGGUACACACACAGGAAGCUGUGGCCAUGUGAUGCACGCUUAUUGUUGGCAAAAGUAUUUUGAAGCUGAACAGACUACAACCAGAAGCCGUCUCCAUGCUGAACUGAUCUUUGAUCUAAAAAAUGGAGAGUACUUGUGUCCACUUUGCAAGUCACUUUGCAAUACAGUUAUUCCUCUUAUUCCUAUGGAGCCGUGCAAGUUUAACUAUGAGAAUGCAGAGUUAGUUGGCCAGAUGCUGUCCAUUUCAAGGUGGUUGGAUAUGGUCUUGGCUAGAAUAAAAGGCUUGCAGGCAACAGGACAAGUUCAAGAUGAUGGUGUUGAACCAACAGAAUGUUUAUUCAGUGCAAACAAUUCUGGUGAUUAUAGAUCUAUCCUGAGUUUUGGAGUCCAGCCACUUAUCCAGUAUUCAGAGAGCAUAAAGGAGAUGCUUGGAGUCUGUUCAACGGCUGCUUACAGGAUUGGAUUGAAUGUCGUGCCCAAUGACCUGGAUCCACGUGUUCCAGUGAUGUCCUGGAAUACCUGUGCGUUUACCAUCCAGGCGAUUGAAAAUGUUCUACAUGAGGAAGAAAAGCCUCUUUUCGGUUCACUUCAGAACAGACAGCAUGCUGGACUUAAGGCACUUGUACACUUUUCUUUUGCUCAGAGGGUUAUGUCUUCUCAAGCUGUUAUCCAGAAGCACUUCUCUCGACUAUUAGCAGUUUUAGUGCAAGGCAUGAAUAUUGAAGGGACACCAUCAAUCCUGGAUGUUGACCACUUUCAUCUGUUGGUGGGGUUAAUUCUUGCAGCUCCAGCGCUGUAUCAGGAAAAUGUGAACCUACAGCCAUCGCCUGUCAGCUCAGCUUUUAACCACCUCUACAUCCUGCAUCUAGUCACUAUGGCACAUAUAGUACAAAUACUGCUUUCAUCAAAUGAUGAUUCAGGCAUGGAUUCAGACGAAGAGGGCAAUGAUUCAGAGUUGGCAAGUGAACUAUACUUGGCCUUGAUGCAGUGCACGGAAGGUCUCAGAGAUUUAACAGGUUGCUGUAUAACACACAGAGUAAAAAGAGGUAUUCUGUCUUUUCUUCGCUGUGCUGCAUUGUUCUUCAACUUCCUGACUGGAGUACCUCCACCUGAAGAUCUGUCAAAUAAAGCUGCCGUUGAUGUAGAAUUAGAGGCACUUUGUACAUAUUUGGCUUUGCCUAUAAACCUGUUUCAGCUCUUCCAUGACUACAAAGACACUGUUACAACUUUACUUCCGAGGUGGUGUGGAAAUGCACUAAUUUCAUCUGCCCUCAGAGAAGAGCGAUUAGUGAUUAGACAUCCAAGAAAAAGAAAUAAACUGAUCGAACUCCCAGAAGAUUACAGCUGCCUUCUGAACCAGGCCUGCCACUUCAAGUGUCCUAGGUCAGCAGAUGAUGAGAAAAAACAUCCAACCCUCUGCUUGUUCUGUGGAGCAAUGCUGUGUUCUCAGAGUCCUUGUUGCCAGGAAAUGGCUGAUGAGGAUGAGGUCGGAGCCUGCACUGCGCAUUCACUAACCUGUGGAGCUGGUGUGGGCAUGUUUCUAAGAAUACGUGAGUGUGAGGUGAUUCUUCUGAGCAAUAAAACUCGAGGUUGCAUUUAUCCAGCUCCUUAUCUUGAUGAUUACGGAGAAACUGAUCCCCGUCUAAGGAGAGGAAACCCACUCCAUUUGUCCACUGAGCGAUACAAGAAGCUCUGCCAGCUGUGGCAGCAACAUUGCAUCAUGGAGGAGAUUGCUCGAAGUCUUGAAGUUGUCAACGUUAUGUUAACCUUAGAAUGGCAGUUGCUUUGAGUGGACAAACUGCUUUCAGAAAUGUGACUGUUGAGUUCUACAGGUUUCUUGCACAUGCUGAAGUCUUAUUGAAUUUUAUCUACUGCUUCUGGACUUCAGAAUGAAGCAGCUACUCCUUUGUCUCCCGGCAAUGAUGUAAUAUAUAUUCUAAGGAUGCUGCCUCUAUUGGAGAUAAAUAAAUAGGAUUCACUGACUUUUCUUUUGUCAACAGCUGUUUCAUUCUACUGGUUUCUUUGCUUCAGUGAUGGAAAUGUGAAAGCUAUGUACACAUACAUAUAUUUAUAUAAAUUUUUACACUCGCACACAAAUAUAUUAAGUAUACAUAUACACACAAACAGACAUAUAAAAUAUACAUAUACGCACACAUUUACAUAUCAAUGGAGAGUAAUUGUCCUCAAUCGGUCAUGUUUUCAUUUUUUUUUUUUUAAUUUUUUAAUUAAGCAGAGUAUUCCAAUCCCCCUUCAGUUUGCUGACUGGGCUUAGUGAAAUGGCCAUUUUUGUUUACUGCUGGGCACAGAUGCAAAGCCCUGUAGCAAGAGAAUAUUUUUUUCCGCAGUCAGUUAAUAGGAAAAAUCCAAGUCGCAUCAGUUUUCAGCUGCUUUUAUCAGUAAGAAAUUGAAGCUAAGCAAGGAUGUCAGAUUAUGUUCAUUUAUUCUUGUUUUCUCCUAAAACCACCUUUUAAUAGCUCAACACAGUGAACACCUUGCAUAAAUCUGAGCUGUAUUAUUCUGUAAAUGUUUUAUAUUGUAAUAUUCAGCAAAACUUCUCUAAAACGGUGACAAAAGAAUGAGAACUGUCUUUUUGAAAGAUAGUACUGAAAUAUAUUUUACUUGUUCGUUUGUUCUAAAAAAAAAAAUGAAGUGAUUGUAGAUAGUCUGAAUGAUUUAAAAUAUGGAGUUAUAUGUUUAAUGGAAUGUAUGUUAAAAUAAAAGGACUGAUUGUUUCUUGAUUA